CCCGGGUCUGGACAGACUGAGGUUGAGUGUGGGGUGGGUCCCAGGUCUGGACAGACUGAGGUUGAGUGUGGGGUGGGUCCUGGGUCUGGACAGACUGAGUCUGAGUGUGUGGUGGGUCCCGGGUCUGGACAGACUGAGGUGCUCUCCCAGAGCCUGGACUUCAUCAGACACAGACAGCAGGCAUUGCAGGCUGGAAGAAGCACUGCUUCUGUUGCCAUGGCAACCAUGCAAGGACUACAACAGACCACCAUAGAGGUGGCCCCUGGAGGUGCUCUGCCUUCAGAGAGGCCUGUUGUAAAGUCACAACUGUGGAAAGAGAAUGCAGAGAAAUUCUUGAAGGGGGAACCCAAAGACCUUGGGGUUGUCCAAGUUCUGAUUGCUCUCAUAAACCUCAUUUUGGGUAUAAUAAUGAUGAAUGAAGACCAAUACCCCCGCCCAGUACUUUCAGCGUUCGUAUAUGCCCCAAUUUGGGGUUCAAUCAUGUUCAUAAUCUCAGGAUCCUUGUCAAUUGCAGCAGGAAUGAGAACUACAGAGGUCCUGGUUACCACCAGUCUAAGUUUUAACACCAUUAGCUCUGUGGUGGCUGCAGCAACAAGUAUAAUUGGUUUCUUCAGUGUACUUAUGAGUUUACGUUUCACACGUCUUAGAAUUGCUGCUGGUAUAGAUUUUUUGAUGUUCAUUUUAAAUGUGCUAGAAUUCUGCAUUGCUGUUUCCACCUCUGCCUUUGGAUGUAAAGCAACCUGUUGUAACACCAGUGAGGUUGUUGUAAUUCUACCACCAAAUCCUGCUGUGUCUGCAGCGGCAAUUCCCAUGUUACCUCAAUCAUCGGCACCACCAGUAUACCAAGAAAGAAAUGUUCCAGAAAAUAUAUAUAAGAAUUACAAUUGAGAAAGAGUAUAGUUUUGACUGUGUGUGUGUGUCUGAGAGAGAGAGAGAGAGAGAGAGAGAGAGACAGACAGACAGACAGACAGACAGACAGACCGACCGCACAGGCUCCUGCAUGUAUGUGAUUUCAAAAUCAAAUUCUCAUUGUUUGUUUCCCUAUGAAUUUAACAAUUCAUUGUACUGGAUGUUGGAAUAUCAGACCUGCUAUAAAUAAAUAAACCCAAGCAUUUGC